UUGGGUAUAAAGCCCCUCCCGCUCACGGUUUCUCCGCUCCUCGAAGGCUAGCAAGCUAGCGUCAUGUCGUGCGAAUCGUCUAUGGUUCUGGGUUAUUGGGAUAUUCGCGGGCUGGCGCACGCCAUCCGCCUGCUCCUGGAGUUCACGGAUACCUCCUACGAGGAAAAACGUUACACGUGCGGGGAAGCUCCUGACUAUGAUCGAAGCCAAUGGCUGGAUGUGAAAUUCAAGCUAGACUUGGACUUUCCUAAUCUGCCCUACCUCCUGGAUGGGAAGAACAAGAUCACCCAGAGCAAUGCCAUCUUGCGCUACAUCGCUCGCAAGCACAACAUGUGUGGUGAGACUGAAGAAGAAAAGAUUCGAGUGGACAUUGUAGAGAACCAAGUAAUGGAUUUCCGCGUAAAACUGAUAAAGCUUUGUUACAGCUCUGACCACGAAAAACUGAAGCCUCAGUACUUGGAACAGCUACCUGGACAACUGAAACAAUUCUCCAUGUUUUUGGGGAAAUUCUCAUGGUUUGCAGGGGAAAAGCUCACCUAUGUGGACUUUCUCACCUAUGAUAUCUUGGAUCAGAACCGUAUAUUUGAGCCCAAAUGCCUGGAUGAGUUCCCAAACCUGAAGGCUUUCAUGUGCCGUUUUGAGGCUUUGGAGAAAAUCGCUGCCUACAUACAAUCUGAUAACUUCUUCAAGAUGCCCAUCAACAACAAGAUGGCCCAAUGGGGCAACAAGGCUAUAUGCUGAGCAGGAGGCAGACCUGCAGAGCUGCUUUUGUUUCAUCCUGUCCCUAAAGGGUCAGCACUUUUUCUUUGCUCUUUUCAAUAAAUAGCAUUUAGGUUA